CUCGUGUCGGAUUGCGUUAUUUGUCAACGGAAUUUACCGCUAGUAUCGAAGUAAGGAAUAAAGUAGCCGGUCGUGAGUGUGUGCACGUGUAUGGUUAGCGUACGGCGUUGACACUUUCCUCUGAAUACGUAUCUCCGCUGGAUCAGUUACGUAAAAUAUCUUAAUCCAAUUAAGAAGUUCCAGAGCGAUAGUGACUCGAAAACUAGCGAUAAAUUUGUAUGAGUUUUCGAGGUGGCUGUUUCGACGUGAUCUUGGCGCGUACAUUUACACGGUCUCGAAAUCAAGCUGCGUAUUACAUGGCGUCUGUGUGAAUCAUGUACGCUAAUUCUUAAGUUACGAUAUAUUAUUGCGUCUUGCGAUGUGCUUUUCGAAUAAUAUUCUAUACUCAAGUACGUAAUGUUAUAAGUGAACGGGGAACAAAACUAAAGACACAGAAAUAGAGAAAAAGAACGAUCGAGAUAUAUAUCUGUAGGUAAAAGGCAAAGUAAAGGCACAGGUAGAUAAACUCGGUCUUCCGUAACUAAACGACAGGGGCUUGUUGCAUUUACGUGGGUGAGGGUAGACCUACGAAAAAGGGCGUGGAAAGAUUAAACGAGUUAAAUAGCCAAGACGUAAACGUACGCUAACGUUAUGGGUAAGACGCCAAAGAAGGCGACACCUGGGGGCGAUGAGAGGAAUUUGUACAAUCGGAGACUGAAGGCAACGACCGCGCCGCCAAAUCCUUCCGAAACUAGCUUGCGCAAGAGACAGCACAAAUCCAAGAUUUCGAACAGAUCUAAAUUGAAUACCUUAAUAAAGAGAGUAUCACAUAAUCAAAGGAAAAACUUUAAAAGCAAAAUUCAGGAGCCAAUGAAAGUUGAAUUAGAACGUUCUGCAAAACAGGGAACAGGAAAUCCAGAUAAAACAGCUGGAAGCUCUAAGGAAAAAAAAUCAAUCGUUUCGCAACAAAGUGAAGAAUCAAACUCUGCAAAGAUGCAGCCAGAAUCAGAAGAAGCAGAUCCAAAGCUAAAUCCAACUGUACAGGUGGAAUAUACUAAAGAUGAUAGUUCUAAAGAUACACAGGAAUCUGAUAAGGAGUAUGUUAGUGAUACUCCUUCCGAAUCCAUUUCAAUGUUGAAAACACAGGAUGAUUUGGAAAACGCAGAAGUAAUGGUCGAGAAAGAGCAAUUGGAAUGCCAGAAGGAAGCAAGCAAUUCUGAUAAAAAUCAGGAAGAUUGCCAGGAGAACAAUCUCAAUUUACAAUUUGAAAUAGAAAAUAAUAUUGAAAACACAAUUACAGAAAAGACAGACAAUGUAGAUUUAAAAAAGGAAAAUGAUGAAAAAUGCCCUCCUGAACAGGAGAUGACAAAAGACGACAUACAUGAGAAGGAAGACUUGCAAAGCGAAUCUCAAACCGACACGGAAAGUAAUUCGGCAGAUGUCAUAGAGUUCACAACGUCGGAAAUAUCUGAAGCAUCUGAAAUUUUAUCGCAGAAUGAUGUCGAGAAGGAAAAGGAAAAGGAAAUGGAAAUAGCCGAGGAAAGCAUCAGCAAGAAUAUAUCGUUCGUUUCGUACGAUCCUUCGAUAAUGUUGAAGGACGUGCAGAUUAAGUUGAACGAUUGUUUAAAAGAGAAUUCGAAGUUAUUCGACACGAGUAACGCUAGUCACAGUAUGUCGAGCCAGCCGCCGAAGGAUAUGUCCUUCGGGAAGACGCUGAGAAGCAUUUCUGGCCGGCGUUCUCUCAGCAGAAUGCGUCACGUGACUUUACGCGAGUAUAGGUACUCGCCGAGCGAUUCGAUGUUCGUCAAUACGUCGAGCGCAUCGUUGCCGCAGGACGAAGCAAUGGAUUUUAAGAUUCUUCGUUAUAGUACCGAUUUAUCUGACACACUUUCUACCACAAAUGGUAGUUCGAGCGAAAGAAAACGAAAACUUGACACCGAAGACUGGAAUUCUAUGAAAAAGCAGAAAACUGAAACUGAGAACAGCUUGUUACAUAGUCCUAUCAGUUUAUUGAAAGGGUUACGCAAGCCUAUACAAGUUUCUACCCCGAUUUCAGACUUGAAAUUUAAGACUGGUAGAUUGGAACUGGACGAGAAUAGUAAACCAGCGAACGAAGGUAGCAAAAAAUGGUGUGCUAUCAUGUAAAUUACCAUCGAAUCGCACCAUCGAUGAAAAAGAGUUUUAUAUAUCUUUUCACACGAAGGCAGCGAUUCGUGCCAUCCCAUGCGUCUUCACAAACAUACUAGGUACAUACAUGCGUUAACAUAUUAUCGAGUUACAACGCUGAAUUAUUUUUCUUUAAUAGCGUAAAGAGAACAUGUUUUUUCAUUUAUUCGUAUCUGUUUCUAUGUUUGUUCUUCUUCCUUUUUACGGAAAUAUAUUUAUAGCACCGUACAUUUUCUAAAGCAUUUUUACUCUUCAUACGAGUUACAUACGUAUAAUAGACCGUGCAAUUCUACACUUCAGAGGCUCAUGAAAAGACAUCGCGUUCUUAAUGAAUAAUCUUUUAAACUUUGACUAUAUAUAUUAUGUGUAUAUUAUUAAGUCUUAUAUUUGUAACUAGCGGUCGAGUAUAUUUUAUACAAACAACAGAAUGUAAUUAUAGGAAAUAUGUAAUGGUAGAAUCCCCCUUCUCGUCACUUGAAAAAGCUAUUUCAUCGAAUAGGAAAUUUACGGUAUAUAAUCAUACAAUGGAUAAGAUAUAUUUUUCGAAUAUGCUAUAUAUCGUUCGCGUGGAUUAGUUUGAUCGCAUCGAUCGAUUCUCGUUUAUGUACAAGAUAACAUUGUUCGCGAGUCAACGGGAAAAUAAAUCAUACUUUUUUCUUUGUCCGUUUCGUCCGCUUCAGUUUACAUAUUAUAAGAGAUACGAUGCAACAAAUUAUUUUACUUUUUGACGUUAGAAAGUAUAUUUUCUUACAGUGUAGACGUAAGUCGAUUAGCAUCAGAGAAUACAUUUUUUAGGAGGGAUAAGUUUACGUUUCGAUGAACGAGGUAACUAAGUCAAUUGGAAACUUGAGGGUAUUGUAUAAAAUACCCUGUUUACCCUGUGCGUCCGUUUGUCGAAGCAAUUCUAGAGCUUACAUACUUUUUAUCGCGGAAUUCACGAAAAUCUCAAACUAACGAGAUCGUAGUGGCAAUUUUACAUAUUUAUAUAGGAUAAAUCAUUGUUGCGAGAUAGCUCGUAUUUUAUGGACAGCGCUUGCCAUGUUCAGCGAUGAAGCUAGAAAUAUUUAAAAAUAUUAGAUUUGUCAAUCAACGUCGAGUAAAUUUCCCUACGAAGGCCACAAUCGAAAAUAUCGUAAGUCACAUAAUUCCUUCCUUUUAUGGAACAAUUUUAGGACUCGAUCUAUUUUCAAUCGAUUCUAUAUAAAAAGAUCUACUUUUGUAUUUGAUUUUAGAAUUAAAUGUGUUCUUCUCUUGAACAUGUAAAAGGUAUCAACUAAAUUAAGAUACAACGGCUAAAUCAAUAUUCAAAGUGCUUACAUCUUCUAUCAGAUUAUUUCCAUUUUUAAAUAUCCCAUAUCAAAAUACAUUUUUUUGUCACUAAGUGGGAUAAAAAUCAGAAAAUCAAGUAGCAUAGAUUUACUACAUCUUUUCCUGUGUGGUCUUCAUUCGGUGGAUUGAAAGUCAUAGUAGUAUAAGUCAAGAUUUUGGAAAUUUGGACCUGUUCCAAUCUUUCAAAGUGUCAUUUCUCUAGCUUCGUAAUUAAUCGAAUAUUAAUUUUAUUUUCUAGAGCGACGACUUGAUACAAUGCGAACUUCUUGAAAAAGAUAAAUGCAGCACACGUUAUUUUAUUUGAAAAGUAGCAGUACAUUGACUUAUACUACAAAGGAUUCGAAACGACUUGGAAGGAAAUCGCGUGCGAUUCCACAGCUCGUCGCUGUUCGUGAAGCGCGCUCGAUACUGUUCUUUGUUGAACGAUUGAUUGUCGAUUGUUAUGUAGAUGGGACAAUGCGAAACAUUUGAGAUCGAAAGUUUAUUAAAUUCGAUGUAAAUACUCGAGACUCGACGGAGCUCGCGUUAUUACGUGUUGCGAGUACGAAACUGUCGAGUGUUUCGACCAAAGCCGUAAAGCUCACUUUUUACCAUUACAUGUACGGUAAAUACACAGAAAUACAUAGAUAGAUACGUAUGACGUAUUUUUCAAACUGCUCUCUAUGACAUUUUUUUGAUCGAAUAACAGAGGCACGUUCAUCUUCUACGUAGAAAUUCAUAUGCUCAUACUUCAAGUGCAACUGUUGAAAUUCAUCAGGGCCAAACACGUAAUCACUCCAUGCACUUUUCUACACGUUACAUUAAGCGAGAACACAAACAGGAAAGAUUGAAACCAUGUAUGAAUAAUGUAUAUAGAAAAUGAGAUUUAUAAUAAACCUUGGAAAUCUGAGAGA